CCCCCCUUGGCUUUGGUCCGAUCGUAUCGUGCGCUGACUCUGAUCAUGUGCCUAGUAAAUAUAUCGACUCGCACCUGAAGCCCUUCCGCUGUAACAAGGACGCCUGUCAGACUCAGGCGUUCUCCUCUACCGCCUGCCUCCUGCGCCACGAACGGGAAGCACAUGGGAUGUACGGGCACGGCGAACGUCCACACCAAUGCUAUUAUGCCGGCUGCGACCGGAGCCAGCCUGGUAACGGCUUUCCGAGGAGGUACAACCUCUUUGACCACAUGAAACGCAUGCAUGACCACAAGGAAGACACCGCGAAUCCCUCACCGGCCGGUACGGCGUUGGGGAAGGCGGCAAUCCAGUCGAAGAGCCGCGGAUCCAAAAGGAGGCCUAACAGUCCGUUGGAUUCAGCCCAGCCGGCUCAACGUCCCAAGCCCAGGUCUUCGCGCGCGUUGAAACCCCCAACGCGCCAGGGUGGCUACCCUCCAAACUCCGCGUGUCGGUACUGAGUUCACGGAAUGAGGACCAUUGUGCGGACCGCAGAUGUCGGGCUCUUGUGUGACAUGCACGUCGGGCAAGGAGACAGUUCGGUACUGUAUCACUGAAUGAAAGUUGACACAUUGUUUGAAUUUCUGAAGAGUUGAGCAAGGUGGAGAGUUGGAUUGCGUGGUGAUAGUAUGUUGCAUCGUAGCGUUCUUUUCUCCAUACGUUGACGGCAAUUCAGACAAUCACCAGGGAAUUUUGAAGAACGCAAGGCAGGUGUAUACCUAUAUUGGCGGUCGUAGCAUGUGCCAUGCAGAGAGACCACCGGCGGUGGAGGUGAAGCAGAAGAGUCCUCAGGCAUCAGGCACAUGCAACAACUGAAGCACGCACCGGCGGCGAAGCUUACCUAAGCCUGGACGGAAGCUCAAGAUGCCGAGGGACUUGCCACUCUCGUUCUUGGAAAC